UCUGACCCCAAAAAUCCGAACGCUCUCUCUCUCGCUCUCUCUCUCAUGGCUUUAGGACGGAACCUCUUCUUCUCUCUCAUCGUCCUCUUUUCUCUGUCCUUCUCGUGCGUUCCUGCUGCUGCGAGUCCACCGAAGAAAGUGGCCCUCGCUCUAUACUACGAGACCUUGUGCCCUUACUCCGCCAAUUUCAUCGUGAAUUACCUGGCGAAGAUCUUCUCUAACGGGCUCAUCGACAUCGUCGAUCUCAAUCUCGUCCCGUACGGAAACGCACGUCUCAAGUCCAACCACACCAUCACUUGUCAGCAUGGACCGAAUGAAUGUUUGCUGAAUACAAUUGAAGCUUGUGCUAUCUAUGCCUGGCCUGAUUUGAAUAAGCAUUUUGCUUUCAUUUAUUGUGUUGAGAGUUUAGUCGUGGAGCAUAAGUACUCGAAGUGGGAAUCUUGUUUCGAAAAAACUGGUUUGGACUCACAAUCUGUUGCCGAUUGCUUCAAUAGCGGAUAUGGAGAGAAGCUUGAACUCCAAUAUGCAGAGGAAACCAAUGCUCUUGAGCCCCCUCAUACAUAUGUGCCCUGGGUGGUAGUUGACGGGCAACCACUUUAUGAGGACUAUGAAAACUUCGAGACCUACAUCUGCAAAGCUUACAAAGGCAAUCUGCCCAAGGCUUGUAGCGAGCUGCCGCUUGCAAUCAUCCAAGAAAAGAAAGCAGUGCUGUUCAACCGUGUGUGUCAUGCUAAGAGAAGGAUGCAUUUGAUUAGACAUCACACGGGAAUGAAAAGGUUGGUAUAGAACUUUGUUCGAUCACAUUGUGUUGGGACCGUUGUAGUGGUAUAUAACAGUCUUUGGUAGGUGUGUUCUCAACCGACAGAUAUCUCUGACAGUUGUUUCUUCUAUAAUAUAACUGGUUUGGUCA